AUGUGCAGAGCUCUUCGUGCCAAAAACAAACUGAGUUUUAUUAAUGGCACUCUGUCCAAACCCAAAAAGACUAUUGACCCUCUUUAUGAAUCCUGGGAAAGAUGUAAUGAUUUAGUUGUGUCAUGGCUUCACAACUCAAUCAAUCCAACUCUCAAAUCCAACAUUGCCUUGGUGGAUGAUGCUAAGCAAAUAUGGGAUGAGCUCAAAGAUCGAUUCACUCAACAAAAUGGGUAUCGAAUCUUUCAGCUCAAGAAGUCCCUAACAGGUUUGCAACAAGAAAAUGACCCAGUCAGUGUCUAUUUUGGCAAAUUUAAAACUCUAUGGGAUGAACUUCUUAUAUACGAUCCAAUGCCCGAUUGCAAAUGUGGCAAACUUUCUGUGUUACUUGAUAGGUACUAG